AUGCAUAUUCACAUAUGUACGGCGUUCUGUACUGAAGCUAGCUGGAGGAACAUUUUAAAACACNCCGGCUAUUACCGGGCAGGGCAAGGGCACUGUGUCUCAGGACUGGGGUUCGCCAAGGAAAACUAUUUCGCGGCCCCCCCAGAAGAGGACGAAGAGAACCUGUUGUCUCCGGAAGCCUGCUAUGAAUGCAAGAUCAACGGAUACCCCAAGAGGGGUCGGCAGCGGCGCAGCGUCAACGGCACCCAGGCCCACCAGCAGGAUCUGGGCCUCAGCUUGGCCAGCAUCGAUGUGGAGGCGCCUCUGGUCUUCUCCUUGAACCUCUCGGACCUGGGCCGGAAGUCCCACAUCCUGGAUCUCCUUCCCGCCGUGGAGUCCCUGGAGAACCACAUCCGCUACGUCAUCGCCCACGGCAACCAGGACGGCCACUUCCACAUCCAACAGAAAGAGGGUCUCAGCUACCUGCACGUGGGCCGCAAGCCGGCCACCCCCGGGACCUACCUCCUGGAGAUCGUCAGCGUACCCCUCUCCCGCGUGCGAGAACUGCCGAAACUGGAGGCUGGCAAGGAACUCGGCCGGGCGGCUGGAGAGAUGGGCCAAGCCCUGAAGAUGAAGCUGCAGCUCCUCCUCUUUUAA